AAAAGUCACCUACAACUGCAAUUGGUUUUAACAAUGAGAAUUUAACUCAUAAAUGUACAUUUAUUGUGGAUGGAACCAUCAUGCGGAUGUAAGACCACUUUGUCAUUGUCUGGAAAACAGCGACAAAAGCUCAAGCCAACCUCUAACUGGAAGAUAACAGUGAAUAUUCACAUGGAAUAAAGAGCAGUGCUGAAGAAAAGAAGUCCCAUCUCUAAAAUCUGCUUUCUUUUCCAGCUUCCCCCAUUAUGCAGAAAAGGUUUAUGUAUUUAAUAACCAGGAGAAUAUUUGGGGAAGUCAAUGUAAGGAUUUUAAGUCUAUAACUCUGUGCCAAACAUAAAGCAUGGUAGUAGUAGCAUUAUGGUGUGGUUCCAUCUUGCUUGGAUGUAUAUCUUCAAGCCUAAAGGCUUAAAUCAGCACAUUUAGGUUCAAGUUUUUAUUAGCAGCAGGAUAAAUUAGAAUGUAUGGGGAUCUAAAUGUGCUUGCAAAUGUGCUUGUAGAUUUCUUCCCAGAUACACUGUGGAGAAAAAUACAGAGAAACAAAAAAACUCUACAAGCUUUACAAGUUUGUUUAUUAGAGACUGUGUCAUGGUUUGUAGACCAAAUUAAAUUCUUAAUUAAAUCCAAGCAGAGGAUUUGCAGUUUUAGGGUGGCUCGUAGUUUGAAUUGAAAGUCAGCUCAGUGAUUUUAAUCAAAAAUCCCUGUAAGUUGGGGUAGAAUCAAAUGAGUUUAUGGAUGGUUAUAAGUCCCUGGUGUGGUGAGAAAGAGGAGGGCUGAGCAGGGCCUUAGCGACAUCUCCAAACAUGUCAGCAGAGCAGCUCUGCCCUGCCCUCACAACCAAACUUCAAGAUAAACCAGUGCAACGCUGUUUUCAGCAACCUGCUGUCCUUUAAUGAAGGAAAGUCUCCAAGAGAUCCACAUUUUCUCAUCAAAUGCUUGUCUGUCUUUGGAUUUAAAUCUUUCAGCUGCUCAAGAAUGACCACUUUGGUUUUCUCAAACCUUGGGUUCCUAAAUAUUGUGAUUGCAGCGUUAACUGGCUUGAGCCGCAGCAGUCCAAUCAAGUCUGCAGAGACUUACCACAGGACAUCCGUCGGCAUGGAUGUGAUCAACAGUCCUCUCCACAGUGCGCAGGACUUUUUGAGCCAGUUUCUGUCAAGACUGAACCUCACCAGGCUAAGGUCCCAGCCUUGGAUGCCUACAGCCCAGAAAGAGCCACUUCCAGAGUAUAUGCUGGAGCUCUACAACCGAUUUGCCAAUGACCGCACUGCAAUGCCGUCUGCCAACAUUGUGCGCAGUUUCAAGAAUGAAGAUUCUUCCCCCCGAAGUAUAAGAGCCACUGGUGUAUGGAUACAUCCCCUCCUAUUCAAUAUCUCCAUGCCACACUAUGAGCAUAUUACAAUGGCUGAGCUUCGACUCUUCAUGCUUGUGCGGAAGGCCCAAAGACCACAUGCCGGUUUCAGAUGCAAGGUGACAAUCUAUAAGAUACAUGAUGGUGUUGUUUGGACAAAAGAGGUGGGGAAAGAAGGGAGAGAGAGGGAUAAAGAGGAGGUGGAGGCGAUGAAGGAUUUGGAGGAACUGGUGACAAAGCAUAUCCAUGCCAAAGAUAAUAGCUGGGUGUCAUUUGACCUCACUCAUGUGGUGACACUUUGGCGGAAGUCAGGGUGCACAACUCAUAGGCUGGAGGUUCACAUUGAAAACCUGGGGGCAGAUGAGGAAGGGACCAUGAGAGAAGCAAUAGAAAGUGGCAAACGUGUGUCACAGGUUGAUAUUGACAGGAGUGUGGAGGGGCAACACAAUCCAGUGAUAAUCGUGUUCUCAGAUGACCAGAGCAGAGAUCACAAAGAAGACAGACAAGAGCUAAGUCAGAUGAUUAAGCAUGAGAAUGACCUUCCUGAUAACGCGAUAACGAGCCAGAAAUCUCUUCAUGACCGUGCAAAUCCCAACUCUGACCACCCUGAACAGGACGAGCUAGACCACCAGUCUGCCUUGGAGGUGCGGUCCAAUCUUAUCUACGACACGCCUCCUCGAAUCCGCCGCAGCGCCAACACCGAGUCAUGCAGGCGGUCGCCUCUUUUUGUGGAUUUUAAAGACAUUGGCUGGGACUCCUGGAUUAUCCAGCCUUUGGGGUAUGAAGCGUACAAGUGCAACGGCGUGUGCAGCCCACCCAUGACCUCAGAGGUUUCUCCCACCAAGCAUGCCAUAGUGCAGACUCGGCUGAGCCUCAGGCGCCCCGAACGAGCAUCUGCUGCCUGCUGUGUUCCCACAAAGCUGGAGCCAAUCUCCCUCCUUUAUCACGAUAAUGGAGUGGUUACUUUCAACCCCAAGUAUGAGGGGAUGGUGGUGGCAGAAUGUGGCUGCAGAUAACGUCACAGAGAAAAAUAGACUUUUAGUUGAAGAUCUAAAUCUAUCAAUCUAUUUUAUCAUGCUCGUGUGCUUGAUUCCAGAUUUCAUACAGUGGACUAAUUGUAAAUUAGGGAUGGAAAUUUACAGCUGUAUAAAGGCAAACCCCCGAGUGUUUUGUUAAUUUAGAACAGAAACACUUUGAACUGAUGCAACAAAGUGUCUCAUAUUAGUCUACCACAGCUCCAUAUACCUUUCAUCGUGUUUUGAAAGCACUUCAGUUUAUCGUUAUAUAUUGCAAUUGAUUGUCAUAUUUAUACAGCAUUAAAAUGCCUUUCAAAAUAUUUAAAAACCAUUGAACUUUUUCUCAUUUUGUCAUAUUGCAACUAUGAAUUUCAGUGUAUACAGUACAUUGAAAUUUUUAGCACAGUGGCCUAUAAUUACUCUAGUUUUAAUGUCAGAUGGACAGCUACAAAUUGUGCAUUGCCAUUAUUAUUUUAAAAAGAAAAAUCUGUAAAUAUUUUAGCCAAAAUGUGCAAACUUUUUGGAGAUAUACUCCAAAAGACUUGCAGCUGUGUUUACAGUGCCAAAGGGUUCUGAAAAGUAUUGACUCAGAAUACACAUCUGCAUCACAGUUUUGCAACUUUUAAAAAAGUUUUCUACUUCACAAUUGUGUAUUACUUUGUGUAGGACUGGAAAAUAAAAUCCCAAUAAAAUUCAGUAAUUAUUAUGGUUCUAAAGAGACAAAAUAUGAAUAAGUUUAACAGGUAUGGAUAAUUUUUGUAAGGCACUGCAUAAUGAAGAAAAGUGGGAAACAAGAAGGUUUGGAUUUUUUUGGUGUUAUGAUUUCAGAUCAGCAAUUUUAGGUAAAAAAAAAAAAAAAAGCUUUGACAUAUUUAUAGCAAAUAAUAAGGUAAAAAAUAGUACAACUCUGAUUUCAUCUCCUGCAAAAGAGGUGAAAUCUGACUUUUAUUGUAAUAUACACCAGAAAAAGUUAAGUGAUGAAAAGAAAAUGAAAAACAUGAAAAACUCCAACCUGCUUAAGAAAAUUAUGCAUUUACUACAAAACUGUAAAUUAUGAGCUUGUCCAGAGGAAUCUUGGAACAUCUGAGAUAAGUAGACAAUUGUAAUAUUCUUUCUCUGAGAUGCUUGCCAAAUUUGUAGAAAACAUGUUUUUCUUAUUUUGGACCACAGAAGGAUUUUCAGUGUCGUGGAACCCCGUGGGGCAUCUUUUCAAAA